CACAGAGCUCCCCACGUUCAGUCUGGCUGGCCUCAUGUUACUGAGCGGAGCUACUCCUGCCGGCUCCGGCCCGGGGCCGCGGGCGCAGGGGAGCGCGGGGGGCGGCCCGGCUGGAUCGCGCCGGGGCGCCGGAGGUGCGGGAACCGGCCCAGGAGGGGGCGGCAGCGGCGGAGUGGCCAAGUGGCUCCGGGAGCACCUGGGCUUCCGCGGGGGGGGCGGCGGCGGAGGUGGGGGCAAGCCGGCGCCCCCGGAGCCGGACUACCGCCCCCCCGCACCUUCCCCGGCCGCGCCCCCCGCACCUCCCCCGGACAUCUUGGCCGCCUACCGACUGCAGAGGGAGCGCGACUUUGAAGACCCUUACUCCGGGGGGCCGUCCGGCUCCGCUGCUCUAGCCACCCCUGCCGUUCCCGGCCCCACGCCGCCCCCGCGCCACGGCUCGCCACCCCACCGCCUUAUUCGGGUCGAGACCCCUGGCCCCCCAGCGCCUCAGCCCGAGGAACGGAUCUCUGGACCACCCGCCAGCAGCGACAGGCUAGCAAUUCUAGAAGACUAUGCGGAUCCGUUUGAUGUUCAGGAGACUGGUGAAGGCCCAAUAGGAGCUUCAGGAGCCCCAGAGAAGGUCCCCGAGAAUGACGGUUACAUGGAGCCCUAUGAGGCCCAAAAGAUGAUGGCCGAGAUCCGGGGCUCCAAGGAGACAGCAGCUCAGCCCUUGCCUCUGUAUGACACGCCCUAUGAGCCAGAGGAGGAGGAGGGGGCCACCCCGGAAGGUGAGGGGGCCUCCUGGCCCCGGGAGUCCCGCCUGCCAGAGGAUGAUGAGAGGCCCCCUGAGGAGUAUGACCAGCCCUGGGAGUGGAAGAAGGAGCGGAUUUCCAAAGCCUUUGCAGCUGGUACCACGGGGCCAUCAGUCGAACAGAUGCCGAGAACCUGCUCCGGCUGUGCAAAGAGGCCAGCUACCUGGUGCGCAACAGUGAGACCAGCAAGAACGACUUCUCCCUGUCCCUCAAGUGAGUGGGGCCUGCUGGCUGGUGGCUUCAGGCAGAGUGAGCCUGUCAGGAUGACUCCAAGGGGAAUCGGUGGGAGGAUAACCAGCAGGACAGGAGGAGCCGCCAGUAUCUCUCCCAUGCCCAGCCAGGCUGGGGAGAACUUCAUCCCCUGUGAACAUGUGCCGACUCUGUGCCAAGCCCUGGGCAUCUGGAGAGGUCUGAGGCUCAGCCCCGGCUCCCAGGGAGCACAGAGUCCUUUGGGGGAAGCAGUCAAGCUAUAGAGUGCAGCUUAGAAGGGUUCUGUCAUUUUCUAGCUCUGUGGCCUGGGGCCCCCUUAACCUCUCUGGGCCUCAGUUUCCUUAUAAAAUGGGGGAAUAAUCAUAUCUGACUUACAGGGAAGGAUUAAAUGAAAUAAGCACUUAGCAUAGUGCCAAGUGCUUAAUGAAUUAUCACUAUCAUCAUUAUUAAUGGAAGCUCAAGGUGUUCUACAAGUACAGGCAAGGAGAUAGGAACUUUGCCUGUGGGACUCAACAGGGUGAGAUGGAGGCUGGGUGCUGGGAGGAGGAUGGAGCAGUGGACACAAAGCUGUUCUUGUUCACUCUGAAGAAGAGGGCAGAAGGUCUGGGUGCUAGCGGCUGACAACUGGGCUUUAAAGGGUCCUGGAAGAGGCAGGGGAGGCAGGGCUCCUCCUCCUCCUCCUUAGCCUUCCACUCUGGGCACAGAUACAGAGACCAGCAUCAGCCUCCCAGGUUCUACUGGCAGGAUGGCUAGUCCUCUCCUCAGUACCUAGGAGCUCUGCCUGGUAGAACCUGCAUCCCACAUAGCAGCCUGUCAGAGUGCUGUGUCCAUUCACAUGCCCCAUCAUUACUGGGGCAUCUGUACCACUUCCUGUCACAUCUUCUAGGGGGCAUUAGAGUACAGGUACACCCCCACUUCAGACAUAUCCAAUAUAUGGAAAUUUGGGAGUAUUAGAUACACUGGAGGAUAAUUAUUCAACUUCACUGCAAGAUAAUGGAAAAAAUGCUAGACUAUAGUCAGAUAACCUGAAUUUCAUUCUUGGUUUUAAUAAAACUAGCUGUGCGGGGCUUCCCUGGUGGCACAGUGGUUGAGAGUCCGCCUGCUGAUGCAGGGGACACGGGUUCGUGCCCCAGUCUGGGAAGAUCCCACAUGCCGCGG